UAAGAAUCUAAAAUAUGAAAAAGAAAAAUACAUAAAAAAAAUCAAAGAAAAUACAACAUAAAAUAUAAAUAAUGUAACUUUUUUUUAUCAAAAUGGUUAAAAUGAAUUCCUCAAUUUUAUCUGACUCCGUCCCUUGGUCUGAAGUACUAGGUGUCACGUGUGGAGCAGUAGCAGAAGCUCCCAUGUUCCACCAGUCAGUCACCAGGUAAGAGUUGAGGUCCCCAUUUCACCUUUGAUGGUUGCUGAUUUGUCUGAAUAUGACUCAUUGGCUUUAGUACUUUCUGUGCUUAAUGUUGAAUCAAGAAAUGAAGAAUUUUCAGCAAGGUUGCUUGAUUCAGUUCUUCAAGAUUAUGCUUUUAGAGCAUUUGUUAGGCCAAGAACUGGAAUUCCUUAUGAUGGAAAUGUGCCCUCAAAUUUCAGUGGAAUUAAAGUUUCUGGUCUAAGGCUAAGAAGUGGCAGCAUGAGGAGAAGGGGUGUAAGCAAAUACAAAGAAUUUCAUAUCCCAAUUGGUGUUCUGGAGCAACCAUAUGUAGAGAGGCUUAUUUUGGUGUAUCACAAUUUAGCCAAUUGGUCUGAUUUGUAUUACCCUUUACCAGGUUACACUUAUUUAACACCAGUUUUGGGUAUUUUAACUUAUGAUGCUUCUAAUUUAUCAGCUAGAAAUCUGCCAGAGUUGGAUAUAAGAGCAUCAAAGAAGCCUAUUUUGGUCAAUUUUUCUAAUGUUGUUAAGCCAGUGCCAAUGGGAUUGUCACCAAAAUGUGUUUACUUUAACUUGGAUGGUGCAGUGGAAUUUGACAAUAUAUUGAAUGGCAAUAUGUGUAAGACUACCAAACAAGGCCAUUUUUCUGUAGUGGUUGAGUUCACUACUGCUGAACCAGAACCUGAACCUGAACCUGAACCUGGCACAGAUGGUCAUAAAAAAAGUGGUAGGAAAAAAUGGGUAAUAUUUGGAUCAGUUGUUGGCGGAUUUGUGGCUUUGAUUUUCUUAGUGUUAUUGAUCGCUUGUCUAAAAAAGUAUGAUAAGCAGAAAAAGAUUGACAGAAUGGAACAGGAAGCAGAAAGAGGUGUACCAUUGCUUAUGACAAGAGUUGGGAAUACAAAGGCUCCAAUCGCUUCAGAGACUCGUACAAGACCCUCAUUAGAGAAUGAAUAUCUCCCAUAGAGAUUUGAAUUUUUUAUUAUUCAUCUGGUAAUUCAAAGAUUUUUUGCAACAUUUAAUUCAAUUCUUUACCUUUCAUUAUGUUGUACAUUCUGUUUACUUUGUGCCAUCAUCUUGAUGAAUAUCAGUAGAGACUUUUGCUUAUUACACAUGUUUUACUAUUGUAAGUUUUUGUAGGUGUGUUUAGUCAACUUGUUCUUGAAGUUCCCAAGUUUCAACAUUGUUGCUUUAAGGAAAAGGAAUAAGUGACCUUCCUUGAACCAAAAAUAAAGAACCAAACAAACCAACCAAAAUAAAUAACUAAUAAAUUAAUCAUCCAUACAGCCUAGCACAAUUAAUCCAGAUGCUGACUUUCAUCCAGCUGUGGCCUAAGUAGUUCUCUCCCACUUAUUCUUUGCUAAGAUCUGCAGCUAGCUCAAAUGUGUUGCAUAUUCUAAUAACCAUCUUCUUUAGCUCCCUCCAAAAUCUUAUCCGUUAUGUCAGCCCUCCUUCAACAGGCAGACGGGAUAAUCAAAUUUCCCCUCUGAAGGUCCCCUAAGAUAAUCGAUUUGCUCUCUGUUCAGCAUAGGCCAUUGAUAUUCCUUACUUCUCAAGUUAAGAAUUUUAUGAUCCCUUCGAUUGUAUCCCAUAAUAAAAUCUCACUGAUAAACAUCUUGUCAAUGAUUGGUUUAGUUAUCUAGCGGAAAGAUUUUUUCUCAAAGAUUUAUAUACACAUUCCUUCCAGUCCAAUGCAUUCAUCGGGUUAUUUCUACAUAAUUAUCUGGUUGCUAAUUCCUGCUUUGGUUGGAUCUCAAUCAAAUAGUUCAGAUUCAUCUGCAAGAAGCUCACUUGAUUCCUUACUUCAGCAAUAUGCUUUCAGGGAAUUGACCUGGCAAAGAACCAGAACUGGUGUUCCUUAUGAUGCGUAUGUUCCUUCCAACUUGAUGGGGAUAAAAGUUUCAGCCGUGAUUCUUAAAAGACACACCUUAAAACGGAGAGUCUACGGCUACUAUAAAGAAUUCUUUAUCCCAUCGGGGAUCAUAGUGGAGCCUUAUGUAAAGAAACUUGUUCUGGUUUACCAAAACUUGGGUAAUUGGUCAUCCUUUUACUACCCUUUGCCAGGUUACACUCAUUUGGCACCAGUUUUGGGAAUCUUGGCUUAUGAUGCUAAUGAUUUGUAUGCCACAAAUCUACCGGAAUUGGAUAUAUUAGCAUUGGAAGAUCCUAUCACCAUUUGGUUUCCUAAUGUGCAGCCAGCACCAGAGGGGUCUUUUCCCAAGUGUGUUUGUUUCUACUCGAAUGAUUUGGUUGAAUUUGGCGACGUUAAGGAUGGAAACACUUGUGAAACCAGAAUACAAGGCCAUUUUUCUAUAGUAGCUGAGGUGAAAGCUGCUCCAAGUCCUUCGCCUACUCCUAGUGCCAAUGAAAUUGCCCCAAGUCCUUCUCCUACAGCUGAUGAAAAUGAUCAUCAAAACAUCUACUCUAAAAUGUGGGCGAUUUCAUUGGUGUUUCUAUUUUUUGCUCUCAAGGGAAUAUUGUUUGUUAUUGUAAAAAAGUCCGGAUUAUUGGAAAUAAAACAGAGGUUGUAUGAUUCAGCAGCAGUUGUUCAGCCCUUGUUAAGGAACACAGCGGUGCCAUUGGAAGCUCCAAUUAGACCAUUGCCGGAGAAUGACUAUGUGCUUUAAGUGGCAACACCAACUUUUUGUGGCUUGCAUACUUAGCUAUAUUUUGUGAGAAGUCUUUUAUGCUAUCAAUAUAAUUUAAGUGCCACUGGAAGCUAUGUGCUUUAAUUUAAGUGGCAACACCAAUUUUUUGUGGCUUGCCUGCUUAGGAACAAUUUGUAAGUCUUUUCUGCUAUCAAUAUAAUUUAAUCUGUUAUAACAA